UGUCCGUUGUUAUGGAAGCAUUAGAUUCGACCGUAUUUCUAGUAUCCGAAGGUAUAGUGUAUCAUAUGAUCCAUACUAGACAUAAAAAUCAACAAGAGGAAUACAAAAGAAAGUGGCGACCGGAGAGAUCUGUGUAUCAUUCACCUGAGGCUUCAGAAACGGAUGAAGAAAAUCCCUCUGGUGAAAGGAAGGUCGUCAUAAAGGAUUUAAAAUGGCGUUCGACUACG